CAACGAUCACAAAUUAUGGGAGACAUGGAGGAAGGAGCCAGUGUUUUCAGGCCACCCCUGCUGCGUGGUCACAACUACAACUUCUGGAAAGGGCGUAUGAGGGCAUUCUUGAAAUCACAAGGAGGAGGAGUAUGGAGAACUGUGGAAACUGGUUGGACAGAACCAGUCAAACACUCGGAUGAUCUGUCUACGACAACUGUCAAGAAAUUUGAAGACUAUAACAAAACUGAAGUCCUUGCUGCUGAGAAUAAUGACAAAGCUUUAAAUGCUAUUUUUGGUGCAGUUGAUGCCACACAAUAUCGUCUCAUCUCAAACUGUGUGCUGAGAUCACUACCAGAGAGGUUUGAUAUGGAUGUCAAAGCAAUCUCUCAAUCACAUGAUGCUAAAAAGAUGACCCUUGAUGCCUUAAUGGGUAAUCUUGAAACCAUUGAAUUAAAGAUGAAGGAGGAUAGCAAGAGACGAAAACCAGAGAAGCAAAUUGCCUUUCUGGGAACAGAUCUGGAGAAUAAUUGUGAAGAUGGUUUAGCAUUUGAUGAAGAAUUCCAAGAACAGCUGUCUCUAUUCACAAAGCAGUUCAAAAAGAAGUGGAUUCAAAAGAAGGGAAAGAGUCAAAUUCAAGAAGGACCUUCUAAGACGUCCACUUUCAGGGAGUCUCGGUUCAAAGAAGGAAAGCCCUAUGAUAACAGCUCCAAGUACAAAGGACCGCUGUGCUUUGAAUGUGGUGGUCAUGGGCACAUUCAGACUGAGUGUGCAAACAACCUUAAAAAGAAGAGACAAGCAUUUUCAAUAACCUGGAGUGAUGAUGAUACUGACGAAGAUCAGGGUUGUGAGGAAAGCAACUGUGCUUUUAUCUCACAGUCAGAGUCAGAUGAUCUAGUUGAACAACAUAUGGAUCUUCAAGAAAAGUGGACUGAACUGCUUAUGGCCGAAACCGCCCAAAUUUGGUCUUCCUUGUAUUCUCACGAACUUUUGUUGAGAAAGAUCAAAGAUGAAGAAAUGCGUGAAAAUCCCAAGCUUACCAACGCCUUCAAAGCUUCCAAAGACUCGUUAAGUGAAGAAUCAAGCGAGUCAAGUGAUUCAAAUGACUCAAGCUCCUCGGAAGAGUCAAAUGACGAGGAAGAUGAAGAGAAGGCGAUGAGAAUGAAAUAUAUGGAUUUCCUCAAAUGGAAGAAGUAUGUGAAGAGGAAAGAAGUAUAUUCUAAGCCGAAAAAAGAGCGGCAUAAACCAAG